AUGAACCUUUCGUAUUGCCAAACUCCGGCAUUUUUAUCAAAAAGUCUUCAUCUAUUGUCAUGUAUUUCGAUUCCGAUUCACCUCUUCGGCGUUUAUAUAAUAUUGUGCAAAACGCCGGAGCCCAUGCGAACAGUCAAAUGGAGCAUGUUCAACUUACAUGUCUGGAGUGUUUUACUUGAUCUGUCAAUAAGCCUACUGACUAGUCCAUUUGUAUUAUUUCCCGCGCUCGCUGGUUUUCCUUUGGGUUUUCUAAAAGAGCUUGAUGUCUCCACUGGAGCACAAAUUUAUCUGGUUGUCACAGUUUUUGCAGUUGUCGGUGUCGCUGUCCUUGGAAUUUUCGAAAAUCGAUUUUAUGUAAUGUUUGCAUUGGAUAGCUUCUGGCGAUAUUUUCGGUUUCCAUUUUUCCUAUUCAAUCAUUUUAUCGCAGUUUUAUUCUUCGUUCCUCCAUAUCUAAGCAUUCCAAAUCAAAACAUGGCUCUAGAUCAAAUAUUUCAAGACCUCGCUCCAGAUCUUCCCGAGUGGAUUAAAAUUGGACCAAUUUUUGUGCUAACAACGGAUAUUGCGUACUCCUUUGUUUCAAUCUUAUUAAUCGCAGUAUUCAUAAUUGCUGAAAUACUAUUUUUCAUUUUUCUUAUUUGGCUAAAUAUGCAGUUUUUAACGAAAACGAUGAGCUUAUCAAAAGCGACUUUGCGUUUGCAACGGAAAUUUCUAAACGCAAUUCAUAUUCAGUUGUACACACCACUAGUGGCCUUGAUAAUUCCAUUGCUAUAUUUUGCGUACUCUGUAUAUUUCGACAGUUACAACCAAGCUUACAAUAAUAUUUCCUUCAUUAUAAUAUCCUGUCAUGGCCUCAUAUCCACCUUAAUCAUGCUUUUCAUUCACAAGCCUUAUCGAGAAAUUUGCCGAUCUAUUUUCUGUGGUUUUCGCGGGCACAAGACAAGCCCAGCGGCCCGAUCACGGGGUCUCAGUAUUGCACCUAAUCAACUAUGA